GUGAAGGUCCUGCUCAGCCUGCGCCACUGUUUGUUGGAAACAUUAUAGCAUUUCAUCUUAAGUUUGGUUGGUCCUAAGGGUCUAGAAUUUGCUCGGUACUCAUUGGAUUACCAUACCAUCAGAAACUAUUUGCACGUCAACCGGAAAUGGGGAAAAGAAAGAGCCAACAGUCACAUGCCUUCGUAUUCCAAAAAGAUAGUAGAAAUGUACAACAAGAACGGCCAAAUAGAUCAAAUGCUCUCUAAGAAAUGAACAUACAGUAUAAAGGCAGUUGCUUCAUGUAAGUUUACAAAAUGUUGCACUCAUUCUACAGUGAGUAAUGUACAUUGGUCCUACUGUAUCUCAACUUGUAGUAUGUAAGAAAUAUUCAAAACUAUUUAUUUUUGUGAAUUUGGUAA